CACGUCCGGGGGAAAAAUAAAAAUAAAAUAGUAAAGUAAAACGCAUCGAAAUGUUGUGAAUGCUGUAAAUAAACCGUUAAAUUUUAAAGAAUGGAGGAAAACAGUGUAAAUACGCAAGAUAUCGCUACAGAUUCAAAUAAAUUGGACACUGAAUCUGAAAUUAAUGGUCAAUCUGAAAAAAAGAUUGAGGAAAAUGGACCAGAAGAAAAUGAACCCGGUGAAGAAAACGCCACUAAAGGAGAACAGGCUGAUGACCAAAACAAUUUGGAAGAUGAUGUGGAAGCACUAGCUCAGGAAUUAAACAAAAUAAUAGUGCAUCCUCCAACUGUUGAACCUGUACCACAAGAGACUUUUGACCCGACUGAGUUUCCUGCUUCAUAUAAAGACAAUUUACCGAAAGAAAAACUCAUUUUGCAAUACUGUGACAACUUCUGCCGACAAUAUGUUCAUCUGUACAGAGAUAGAAAGCCAUUGUUUGUUAACCCUAUCAAUGAAUGUGGAGUGGAGAAAUUUAUAUGCACAACUCUCCGUCCUACCCAGCUGCCUUUCAAAGAACUUUACAACUGGGAAGGUGCUGCGGAUUUUGUCGCUGACUAUCUUAGCUUUGAACCGUUGGAGCCACCAUAUGAACUUCCUCCUCGUCUAAUAUCUCCUGCGACUGUUAUCAAUCGUCAGAAAGGUAAUUGCUUUGAAUACAACACCCUGCUUGUGUCACUGCUCAUAGCAGCGGGAUACGAUGCGUACGUUGUGAGUGGAUACGCUUCGAGAGAAACGUGUCUUGCUGACGAGUCAAGGGGUGUGUGUCCCCUACUGAAGAAAAAAGAAGAGGCAAAACAGGAAGAGAAAAAAAUGAUAAUAAAAAAAUAUUCUGUUAAACCACCCCGGGACUUGACAAGCAAGUUUAUUCUGAAACAAGAGAGACGGAAAGUUGCUGAACAAGAAGCAGAAGAGGAAAAGCGACGCGUAGACGAGGAGCUGAAGCAACUGGAAAGAGAAAAGCCGGCACCGGAUCCACUGCUGGGUCUGAGGGUUCACUCAUGGGUGCUCGUUUUGGCCGGGAAGAGAGAGGUGCCGGAGAGUUUCUUCAUCGAGCCGUUCACCGGUCUGUCUCACGAGUUGAACAGCGAAAGCUACCACGGUAUCGAGUCGCUGUGGAACAACUUCAACUAUUGGGUGAACAUGCAGGACUGCUCCGAAGGUGUCAAGGAUCUCAGUUACGACCUUGGUGACUGCACGGUGUGGGAGUACAUGUUUCCUGGAGUGGACAAGCAGCUGCUCAUUCCAGAAUCAGAGGAUGAUCUCCUAGAUAUGGAGGAUGAAGAGGAAAAAGUGGUUAACGUAGAGAAACAUCUUGACAUGCCUCCUUCAUGGGUAGAACCACUAAGACUAUCUCAGCGAGAUUAUGAAAUGCGAUGUCCUAAAGGUAUAAAGACCAAGCUGUACAAACGAUCGAAGCUGGAGAAGUUUGCUCCAUAUCUCAGGAAGGAUGGGCUUGUGUCAAAACUCUCAGUGUAUGACAACCGAGAAUUGACAGACUUGAUACUGACAAAGGAGUAUUACUCUCACCGCCAGGAUAAACUGCACACCCGGGUUCAUAAUCAGAGAACGGGCUGGAUCACCGAGUACUUUAACCCUGGCCGAGCCAGGUGCCUCAAGGAGCAUCAGUAUCGUGCUGGGAAUCCCGGACCAGAGAAUGACAGGACGAUGGUGUUCUAUAACGAGGCUCGUGUCGACGGUCUCAUGAAGCGAGUCGAGACUCCCAACGAAAUGACGGAAGAUUACACGGACCGCGAUGACUUUCUCUACUACAAACACGUCCAGCUGGGAAAACGAUCAAAGAAGUUUGGACCACAAGAUGGAAACCAGGUUAAUCUUCGACCAAUUGAAAAAAUGGUUCUGAAAUUCCACAGAAACAAGAGUCAGCCUGCUAACAAUGACAUUGCAGAGAUGGUGUUUCUGGUGUCUGAAGACAAGAUCCAGAUCACCUACCACACGGAGGACUCACGGAUAGCGUCGUCCACCAGGGAGUUCGUCAAGCCACCCAACUGGGACGAGAAGGGAGCCAUCUUGGCCUGGGCAAACGAAAUGCACCAAACCUUCCAGGUGGACCCAGACGCUGGUCCAGGGAAACAGCUUGAUCUGUACAUGACUCUGGUCAACUUGCUGAAGGCUGAAGAAACAGCACGAGAGAAAUUCCGUGAAUCAGAGGAAGAGGUGGUUGAAAUACUGGACGAGCGAACAAAUGAAGAAAGUGUCUCGGAGCUGGAGAUAUCCGUUUAUGAUACAGACCGCAAUGAGAAGGCUAAAAAACACAGACGAGAAGUGGAGCAUCAGAAGGAAGCAGAAAAAAUGCGAAAACAAGAAAUGGAGAUUGAUUACUUAGCCCCAUUCUUGGCACAGAUCGGCGAUCCUGAGAAAAUCACUCGCAUGCAGGCCUACAAACUGAAGGAAGACUGUCUGGCUGACCUCAAACAGCGGCUCAUAGACAAAGCCAAUCUGAUUCAAGCAAGAUUUGAAAAGGAGACCCAGGAGCUGCAGAAGAAGCAGGCAUGGUACCAGCAGAACCAGGUGUCCAUGCAGAAGGACGACGAGGAGGAGUACCUCAACUACUGCAGCGAGGCCAUGUUCAGGAUACACAUCCUCGAGAUGAGGCUCAACAGACACAAGGAAAGUGCGCCAGAGAAGUACAUGAUGUUGGACAAGAAACUAAGGCAGGAUCCCAGACUUGCAGAAUUCUUGUAAAUGUGUCGUCUGCACCGACAUACCAGUGUAAACUGUGAUAUUUUAUAAAGACAGAAGCAUGGAUUGUAUCUGCAUACAGGGGUAUGAGGAGAGCAACUAUUCCAAACAGUAACUGUUUUCAAGUGUAAAUCAUUUUGAAUAGUAAAAACUGUUUUUGUUUCAGAUCUAUUUAUAGAUUGAGGGUUUUAUUAUCAUGUGGACUGGGAAAGAGGAGUUGUUUGUUUAAUGUCUGCUGUUUCAUAUGAAUUGGGAUAUGAAUAAACAUACAGCUUAUUUUUAUUAUUGUCUUGUAUUUAUUAGGUUUAAAUCUGGACUUUAAUUUAAGUUUUGCCCAUGCCUAUUCUUGGUUGUUUUGGGUAGGGGGUUUCGGGGGAGGGGGGAGAGGUUCAGCACUUGGUGUUGCCAUUGUAUUGGUUUGUUAAGUAUAUUUUAAAUAACAUUCAAAUUGAUACCAGACACAUGCUAGUGGCAAGUCAAAACUACUUGGAAGAUCUGAUUUGGACUCAGGCUUAUUUUCUCACUCUUUUUAUUAUUUUUUUUCAGGGUGGGUGGAUUGUGCUUCUAAAUAGCACACUAAAGGUUAAACGUGAUUGAUCAAUAUUUUAAUGUCUAUUUACAGACGAAAUGUCUCCUUGACUCAGUAUUAUAUUUGAAAAUGUCUGAUCUAUUGAUGGAAAUACAAAGAGCGGUUAAUAUUGAAUAAUGACGUUAGUUGAUAUUACAGUUUUGGACAUGGUUGUUAACUUGGGUGAUGAGAUGGGGAGGCAAUUGCCCCCCCAUACCUUUAAAAAAUAUAAAAAUGUCCCCAUUUUAGUUUGGAAGUGCCCUUUUUAUCUAACUUGAGAAAAACCCUAUUUGCAGUGCCCUGAUUCUUGUUGUAUUUAAUAAAAACAAUUUAAUGCCCCACUGUCAAGUUAUUUUAGCUUAGGUAUGCCCCCAUGCUGGAGCAAAGUGCUUGUAAAAUAAUUAAUAAUAUUAUUGAUGGCAAGAUAAUACUUGACACAUUAAUUCACCAAUCUGUGUUACACUCUUGCAUGCUAGACAUUGUUACAUUCCUCUUGUAAUAAAACUUAUUUUUAAUUGUGAUUUUAUACAUAUUUACAUAGUUUUUUCUGUACUUACAAGGAAGAAGAUUCAGGUACACGUUUUGAUUAAAGCAUGGUAUUGCUGGUACCGUGUGUAAUUGCAUGUAUGUUAUUAGUGUCUUCAAGCAAGGCUAAAAAAGAUAACACGUCAAAUUAUUGAUUUUACAAUGCUCUAUUUAUAGCAUGUGUGUUAUUAUUUAUGUGAAUAAAAUAUAUCACUCCA